UGAUUAUUAUUUAUCUAUCUUCACACCAGGUAGCACAGAACAUGUGUGGGGAACGGAACUCCCAGAUAAACACAUGAAAAAUUGAAUUGAUUUUUGAUGUUUGGGAUUGUGGACUCGUAGAAUGGACAGAUCCAGAGGAACCGUGAUGAUGGCGUUGAACGUUUUCAGGUUAUGUACGAGGCUGCGCAUCCUCGGUUCCGUCAUGAUGGUCAUCGUCCUUAGCCUUGUCGGAUUCACCUAUCACGUCCUCGUACUCGCUAAUUACGGACCCGGUCUCUUCCACGGUGGCAUUCGUUCCUUAACCGCUCUUUCCGUCCUCCUCCUUUUCCAUGCUCUGCUGGUGAUGCUAUUAUGGUGCUACUUUUCUGUUGUUUUUACGGAUCCUGGGCGUGUGCCUUCAAAUUGGAUGCCUACAAUUGAUGACGAGAGCGGUGAUGCGGAUCCACUGGUGGAGUCCUCAGGUUUAGCUUCAAAUGGUUUGAAUGAACCGGAAUAUCGGAGAAUACGGUACUGUCGAAAGUGUAACCACUUUAAACCUCCUCGUUCCCAUCACUGUUCUGUUUGUGGGAGGUGCGUUCUCAAAAUGGACCAUCAUUGCAUUUGGGUUGUAAAUUGUGUUGGUGCUUUGAACUACAAGUAUUUUCUUCUUUUCUUGUUUUACACAUUUCUUGAGACAACUCUUGUCACUUUAUCAUUAUUGCCAUAUUUUAUGGCAUUCUUUACCGAUGAAGAGAUUUCCGGACCAUCAACAAACCUUGCAGUGUCUUUUAUUGCAUUUGUUUUGAACUUGGCUUUUGUAUUGAGUAUUUUGGGCUUUAUGAUUAUGCACAUUUCAUUUGUGACAUCUAAUACUACCACCAUUGAGGCAUAUGAGAGAAAAGCCACUCCCAAAUGGCAUUAUGACCUAGGUUGGAGGAAAAAUUAUGAACAGGUAUUUGGCACCGAUAAAAGGUACUGGUUCAUUCCUGCAUAUUCAGAAGAGGAUUUAAGGCGAAUUCCAGCAUUACAGGGUCUUGAGUUUCCAAUAGAGCCAGAUGUAGAAGCGCUCCAGCAGUUAUAACAGCAAUAUAUUAUUUGCGAUGGCCGAACAUCCAGUAGGCAUUUUCAUGCUAAAGUUUUUGAGCAAGUAGUAUGCUGACUAUAAGCGAGCAUGAAAAUGAGAUAAAGACAUAUAGUUGUUGGAUGGAAAUAGAUUCUCUCCCGUUAAAAUUUCAACAACCUUGUCAUCUCAAAAUUUGGGAAUGAAUUUUUUAAUGUUAAAAUUUCUUCAUAACUUCUUUAUAGGAAAAUUUUGUCUUUAUCUCUUUUUAUAUUUCACUCGUAAAUCGGCUAACUGGAUGGACAGUCAUUACAAUGAACUGGCGGUGAUGAUCAUUUAAUCAUUUUGUUGUGGAUACCUGUCUUCUGGCUUCUACUAUGGGUAUGAA